AUGGGCAACCAGCCGUUUGUUGGAGACGGUGAGUCCAAGGAUGACCAAUGGCCGGUGCGUGCCAAUAUUUCUCGGGUCGGUCAAGGUCGGUCGGUGGAGAGGCAAGAAGAAGAGGCUAAGGCAGCCUCCGAUGAGUGCAUACCAACCAACCAACCAUACAGCAAUUCUUGGCAUUGUUUCUACUGGCCGUUGCUGUGA